GGAGCCCCCCUGUCCUGUCUCUACCCCUGUUCUCCCUCUCAGAGCCCAACUGCUGUCACUCGGUGCUCUGCCAAGGAGGAGGGAACUGCAGUGACAGCGGGGUAAGGAGAGGCCAGGCAGAGCUGUGGGACACAAACGGAGGGAAGGAGGUGCCCAAACUAGGUGACAGACCCAUAGGGAGGACGGAAGAGCAGGGCAAGAGGUACUGGAAGCCUGAAGCAGGGAGAGCAGAGAGUUACAGAGGUACCGAGCCCUGAUGGCCACCAAACGGCACAACCCCAAGCUGCCCUGGGCCCUGGUGCUUCUGACCCUAGGGGCUGGGUGGGCUCAAGAAGGGUCAGAGCCUGUCCUGCUGGAGGGGGAGUGCCUGGUGGUCUGUGAGCCGGGCCGACCUGCCGCGGGGGGACCUGGAGGAGCUGCCCUGGGAGAAGCACCCCCAGGGCGAGUGGCGUUUGCUGCAGUCCGAAGCCACCACCAUGAACCAGCAGGGGAAACCGGCAACGGCACCGCUGGUGCCAUCUACUUCGACCAGGUGCUGGUGAAUGAGGGAGGUGGCUUUGAUCGGACAUCAGGAUGCUUCGUGGCCCCUGUCCGUGGAGUCUACAGCUUCCGAUUCCAUGUGGUAAAGGUGUACAACCGCCAGACAGUCCAGGUGAGCCUGAUGCUGAAUACAUGGCCGGUCAUCUCAGCCUUUGCCAAUGACCCUGAUGUGACCCGAGAGGCAGCCACAAGCUCUGUGCUGCUUCCCCUGGACCCUGGGGACCGUGUGUCCCUGCGCCUUCGUCGGGGGAAUCUCCUGGGUGGCUGGAAGUAUUCAAGCUUCUCGGGCUUCCUCAUCUUCCCACUCUGAGAACCCAAGUCUUUAAAAGACAGAUAUCUAGCAUCUGGCCACCCUGCCCUGCUCUGCCCUGCUCUGCCCUGCCCUGCCCUGCCCCAGAAACAAGUGUCUUUGGAGCAAGAGAAGGGCCCCCUCAGGCUGCCUAUAGCCCACCUCCUUGCAUGAGCUCCUGUGCCAAACACCCAAGGCUAAGAGUAGACAAGAGCAGAGCUGUGGACUGUCUGGAUGGAACACUCCUCACCACUACCACUCCAGUUACCUUCCCAGCCUCCUGCUGCCCCUCUCCUGCCUCAGUUCUGGCUUUGGCAAAGCAGGAUUUGGCAAGAGGGAAGCUGACACUACUCCACAGGCUCCACUCCUCCUGUUCUCCACCCCAGCUUCCCGCUCAGUGCUAUUUGGUGACAGGUGGCGCAGGUAAGCCUGACAGGCUCCCACAGGGGCCCAGAUGGACCAGCCACAUCGUACCUGCAGACUCCAUCCUGUCAGGAGUCAGCUUGAGAGAGCUCAGCCAGCACCGUGUGAACAGGAGCUGACAGCCCAACCAUAAAAAGAAGUGCGGGGAAGGCCACAGAGCAUCCAUAGCUGGAGAGAUGGGGCGGGGACAUAUGCCUACCCUGACCAUGAUAAACAUUCUGCAGAUAAACUGGGACAGUCAGCAGGCAGGAAUCCUGCCAUCCAUCUGUGCCAGGUCCCCAUGGACUCUGGCCGUCACCUGACCCGAGGCAUGUGUGGGUGUGUGUCGGGGUGUAUGUGGAGGUGGGGGUGUGUUUGCUCUGACCAACAGGCGAAACCAGAGCAGGUAUACAGAGCUGGAGGCACGGUCAAAGGUCACAUAUGAGCCACAGAACAACACAUCAGUGACCGUGUGUCCUCUUGGCCACCUCCUAGAACUGCCCCACCUUUGGAAUCCGAGCUUCAGUCACUCCCCACUCUUGUUGGCCCCUCUCUUCCUCCAGCUGCGUCUCAGCUCACUUCCCAGUGGCUGAAGCCUGUCUUCCCUCCAUCCAUGCUGUCUUACCCUUCUUAAGUUUCCUGGUACCCAGGAGUCCAUGGCUCAUCCCUCUUCCUCCAGCCUCAGAAACUCUCUUUCAUCCCAUGGUCCUGGUUGGGUCUGUCUGGAGAACUGUGGUCGGUGAGACAGACGCUAUACUUCUCUCUUUAGUUUGGAGCAGGAUUGGAGCACGUAUGGCAUGAUGAAGAGAAAAUAAACUCAA